AUGGACGAUGCCAAGGAUUCUGUCAUCCUCGUGGAAAGUACUUACGAUCUUACGGAUACUGCAAACGACGAAAGACAACAACAACAUGGGCCUGAAUACGGAUGUGCAGUUUCUGAACUGACCGGUGUUACUGGUGAAGACAAGGACCCUGAAUUGGCAUCUCCGCCGAGGAAGAAGGGACGGUCCCACAGGGUUUCGCUGGUCGCUCCAUCUACAGAAAUGGAUGUGGACGGGAGCUCCUUGAGUGAACCCAGUGCUAAACGGACACAUUCAGCGUUUGCUUCACAAUCAACCACACCAACCGCACAAAAAACGGACACCACAGUCACAAAGCAAAGCUCUAAGGCCAAACGAAGACUACAACGCAGCUUGACAUUGGAAGAACGCUAG